AUGUUCUUCCACUACUACAUCUUCGCUUCUUCACUUAGUGCUACUGUCAUGGCUCUCACUUACAAUCCCGAUUUGGUCACUCAAACAGUCUAUGAUCCUUUCAAAUCUCGAUAUCAAGUAACUACGAUAUCAUAUCUGGGCUUUUCGCUGUUCUUUGCCAUUCCUUCUGUUUCAUUGGAUGAAGACAAUUAUUACACUGUCGCAGACUUUAGCGCCUACACUAAUUAUCUUGUCAGCUUCUACUCAAAGUACAGAACACAAUUGAACUCGAUUUAUUCUGCCAAUGGUAAGACCAAUGUUGAUGCCUUGCUGGGAAUCAAAACUGUAGUGAGUUAUCUUGCAUUGAAUUCGGACCAGUUCACCUUUGAUCCUACUACCAAACCACGUGCCGCUAACUCGGGUGGAACAGGUACUGAAGGAACGACUUCAGCAGCUAAUACUGGUCAGCCGCAAUCCAAUCCUAAAGGCUCAGCUGGUGACCUCAGUCGCCCGUACCUGGCCUUGGUUAUGGUUUUUGGUGGAAUCUUGUUGUUGAUGUUUAUGUAG